AGGGAAAGCGGUCGACGUCGGACCGUCUACAAGAAACUGUGAGGUACGUGAAAGAUUUGAAGGAAAGAGUGAAGAGAUUUAAGGAAAGAAAAGAGGAGCUUGUGAUGAUGAAAGAAAGAGGAGGAGGCGAUGUGUCGACAGUGGCAACUCAUCAUGAUUCUUCUUCAUCGCCGACGCCACUCCCUACCACAGCAUCGUCGUCAUCAUUAUUAUCAAGCAGCAGCGGCAGCAACAGCAGCAUGAUCGGUGAGAUGGGAGGAAGCAGAGUAGCGGUGAAGCCGUGCAAGGUAGGAGGAGUUGAGGUCACUCUCACCAUUGCUCCUCCUGCCUCCGGACUCUCCCUCUCCACAGUACUUAAGCUUCUUGUCGCCCAUGGGAUGUCCAUUCACAUCUGCUCCUCUCUCAAACUUAAUCAUACCAUCCUUCAUACCAUCCAUGCUCAGGUGUUGGGGUGUUCCACGUGGCGCAGGAUUGACGGUAAACGUACCAGAGGCGUCGGAGACGGCCGGGUCACGACAAGGAUAGGCACUGGCUCCGAUGGUGUAAAAGGAGGAGCUUUUUCGGGUGAGAGGAGGAAGAGCGAUUGAUCCAUCUCAGCUGGAGCAGUAUUUGUCGAUCCUAAUUCAAAAUAAUGAUUAUGAAGCUUUUUCAAUUUAGAAAUAUUAAGGCCUUGUUUGGUAAGCGGCUGUUAGUUGUUAGCUGUUAGCCGGUCAUGUCAGUUGUUUGAUCACAGCUGGUUGUGUUGGCUCUUUUGAUUGGCUCGUUUUAUUAGCUUGUUGUUAAUAAAUGUUUGGUAAAAUUAGGUGUUAUAAAACAGCUGUUUGAAUGUAAAAAGACGCAUAAGGACACAAGUGUAUAUAGACACAAAAUAUUGAUUUUAUGACAUUUCUCUCUCCUUCUUUCCACGGUCUUAUGUGUUUUUGAUAAGUUUUUGUCUGCAAUGUUAACC